GAUAAGCAACAGUGUUAGCUGAUAAAUCAGCACCUUCCUAUGGUGCAUUUAAAAAGUGUUAUCAAUGAUAGAGCAAGUUCAAGGAAAAGUAUCAAAACAAUUUGGUGACUGGUCCAAUCAUUCCUAUUUUGUAUUCAUAAAUAUUUUAUAUUUGGUUCAUGCGAUGGCUGGUAAAAUGUUAGGAACUGAUCUGAGUUACAGUUGGACCCCAGAAAAAAGCUAAACAGACUGCUCCGCAUCACUAGACAGUUCUAUUACCACUGCACAACUGGUAUGGUGAGGAAUUCUAGCCUCUAUCAGCACAGAGCACCCCUAGCCUGCUGUUUGUCUGAGUACAUGUCAGUGUCCUGGAGGAGAGGGGGAUAGGAAACAGACAGUUGGGCUACAGACAGGGAGAUCUGGGGGAGAAGAAGUCUAUAUCUGGAGCGGCGCCCUCCAAUAAAUUAUCCUUUGGGGGGAUCAAAGCAAGCUAUAUUUAAUUGUUACACCUUACUACUUUCCUCAAAGAUUUUUGUGAAAGGAUAGUGAUUUGUUAACAUAAGUCAUGAUGUCAAGGAAGAUAUUUUAUGAUACAAUUAUAGUUCUGAUUUCUGAACUCUUUAACAUUCAACUUAAUUUUUAAGUGCUACUUGUCAAGGCGUGCAUUUUCAUAUUUUGUCGUUUCAUUCAGGAAGUGGAGAAAAUAAACUGUGAGCUGAUUAAAUCCAAAGUUUUGGUAGCAUGUAAAUCAGAUGAGGAGUUGUGUUGUCCAGUGAAAGAUCAACAGAAGAAGCUACAACACAAUUUGCAUGUGCAAACCAUGAUAAAUAAAAAUUUCUCUGAAGAAAUUUCUGCCCUGAGAGCUGAAAAACAGGAGGUGAUGAACUCCCUCCAGCAGGCCCAGCGGCUGCUGCAGAUGCAGACCAAGGCCAUCGGCCGAGUGGAGCUGGAGCUGCGCAGGCAGAGAGAGGAACAUCAGGCCCUUAAAAGAGAACAUGAACUGCUCCAAGCGAAGACAAGAGAGAGGGAAGAUAGAUUUGUAAGUCUCACAGAGGAGUACAAAAACUCAAAAACGAAACAGGAAAGAGAGCAGAAAAUACUUUUUGAUGAGGCUGGUGAAUUGAGUGAGGGUCAUGAUCAUCUGGACAAGCAGCCAAUAUCUUGUAAGGAAGAAGAACAUACACACAUGGUGCAGGGUAAUUUGAAGGACUACAGCCAAAAUGACAUAGCUGAAAAUGCAGAUGUAUCUUGUGAUGUUAUUUGUAAAACAAAGAAUGCAGGAAGAGAAUGUGUGCCUUUACAAAAUGACAAGGAAUUGGUCCAACUAUGUUGUCCAGCUAGAACUAAACAAGAUCUGUCAGAUGCUGAUAAAACAGGAGAUUCUGGACAUGCACCAGAUGAAGGCAGGGAUCCUGCUCCCACUGAGCCUAGAGAGACAGUGAAUGAUGGGCUUCCACAGCCAGACUACUGCACAGCUAUCAAGGCGCAGGGCGCCUAUGUUUAUGUUCCUGGACACGCAGACAUGGAGGGGACUGAGAAGGGUGACUGUGCAGCUGACCCCACAACCAACCCCACCCGCACAGCACUUGAGCCACCAGGAAGUCCCACUGCAUCGGCUGUGUUCCCAGCUGGAGUGACUCCAUCUGCAGAUGCUGUUGAUACAUUGGGUGUCUGUGGAGCCAGUGCAGGUCAGCAGGCCCCAGACUCCCGAGUAAUACAGCCGUGCAUGGGUACUACCCAUCCAGGCAACUGUACGGUUAAUGAGGCCCCUGUUUCUUGUAGUUCUGUACCCUGCAAGUAUGACUUUAUUAAGGCACUGUCUGGAUCUGAAAGCUAUGCCAGUCACACUGUGGAGCAUGGAGAAGAAAUAAAUGAAGGUAACAAGAAAAAAGAAACAAAGUCUACUUUAAAGAGUAUAUCUAGAGUUACAGAUGAAUAUGGUAGAGUUACCCAGAAAGGCACAGAGAUAGUGUGUGACAGCACCACAGACUCUGCCUUUGAUAAAAGAUAUCCAAGUAAAGCCAAUGAGGAGUCUCUCAAGUGUUCAUAUCCAUGCCUUCCAGGAUUUUUCAUCUCAGGAAAUGGGAAAACCACCCCUUUGGCCUCUGUAAGGUCUUCUGUCAGUUCUGACACUGAACUUGAAUCCAAGUUGUCUGACAAAGACAGUCAUCCACAGGUAGUGAUGAACCCACAGCCUGAUGUGAAGGAAGCCUCAGGUCAAAAUUACUUAAGUAUCUCUUCAGCGCUGAACAGUGAUGUUGUUUUAAACACUGAGGCAAAAUGCACUCUCCUUCAAUCAAAAACACCAGAUAAGACUGACAUUACCGCAGUUGACACCAGUUUUUUAACAAUGGAUUUGGCCUCAAGAUCUGCCACACCGAGCAAGACAUCAGAUGAAGAAUCCUUUACUCAGAAUGAAGCAAGACAAAAGUUUAAAGAUCAGCAUAUUUUUGUAUGUGAUCUAGAAAGCACAGAUGUUAAAGAAAGUUCUGCAUUCAAAUAUUCUGAUAAAUAUAAAAAAAUUGAAACUCCUAGUAUCAGUAUUCCAACAAAGUACAUUCAAAAUGAAAUAAAUCUCAACUCUAAUGAAACUGACAGUAUAUUUGUUCCAGGAAACAAAAGAUUUAGGUCAUCGUUUGACUUAUGGGUACCUACAAAAGGAAUGAGAGACCAAAUGGUGAGACACUUUCAUGGUUUUGGGUCUCUGCUGAAGGGGAAUCAGAACAUAUCUGCAGCACAGACAGUUUCUGGAACUUUAGGAUUCCUUUUCAAAAGCCAGGAUGUCCCUUCAUCUCAUACAACCUCAAAGCCUUUAUUUGAAGACAGUGUUCCAAAGAAAGAUUCUCCUACAAUUAAAAGUACUGCUGACAUGCUGAAUACUUCCAGUGUCCACCCUUACCGUAAGAGAGAGCUGUGAGAGGAAUGGAAUGCAAUCAGGCAGAGCUUUUGUGAAAUCUCAGCAAAAUAUGUAAGUUGACUAAAGGUAUUACAGCAGCGCAGCUAGUAAGCCAGUUCUGGAGAUAUGUGUAGUUCUCGCCACAUCUGGAUGUUUUAAGACCCUUUCAGUUUCCAAAAAUAUUUCUCUGAUGGGCAAAAGCAGCAUUUAAAAGUUGAUGGAGAACAGCGGGACCGUCAUAGCACAUAAAUCAAGAAGAUGAAGCCAACAUUUAGGGAGCGUGAAGGAGGGGAAGGGCAACGUGCUGUUAAUCGCACUGAAAGCAUUAACUGCCAGUGAACUUUUUAGUGUUGAUUAGAUUCUUCCUCUCUACAGCAUUUGCCAAAAAUACUUUAAACAAUAAUUAGAUGUGUGUUAUUUGGAACAAAUGAAUUUUAUCACAAGCACCAUCAAUAUGUAACCCAUUUUCCAAAAGUAUUUAACAUUUUCUUAUGACUGUGCCAGGACAUAUUUUCAUUUAGUUCCAGCUUAACUUUAGA